AACAUCCUUAAUCUUCCCAAAAUUACACCACCACCCAUAUCCAUAUUCUCUUUACCUCCGGCGACGACCAUGGUCGGCAAGAAUUCACACGGCCAUAUUGAAAUCAAGGUGCAAAGCGUCCCUCCUCCUCCGCCACCUUCACUUUUCCGGCCACCGUAUGAAUGGUAUCCCUGGAUAGUCACUAUGUUCGUUAACAUCGACAUCAUCAUCUUCAUAGUCUCCAUGUACAUCAAUAACUGCCCUGCCCAUUCUCGGAAUUGCAUCGGCGCACCAACACUUCAACGAUUCGCUUUCGAAAAUAUCCAUCAAAACCCCCUUCUCGGCCCUUCUACCGACACGUUGGUGAAAAUGGGGGCUUUGGAUGCAGAUAAGGUGAUCCGAGGAGGACAACAAUGGCGAAUCUUGACUUGUAUGUGGUUGCACGCCGGGGUCUUCCAUAUUUUCGCUAAUAUGUUGAGUCUUCUCGGCGUUGGAGUUCGUCUUGAGCAGGAGUUCGGAUUUGUAAGAAUCGGAUUGGUUUAUAUACUGUCCGGAAUCGGUGGUAGCUUGUUGUCGGCGUUAUUCGUCCGGAAAACGAUCUCCGUUGGUGCAUCAGGAGCGCUAUUCGGUUUACUUGGAUCAAUGCUUUCCGAACUACUUACAAAUUGGACGAUUUACACCAACAAGAUGGCAGCAUUGACAACGCUCAUUUUCAUGAUCCUUAUAAACCUAAUGGUCGGAAUCCUCCCACACGUAGACAAUUUCGCACAUAUCGGAGGAUUCGUCACAGGGUUCUUCCUCGGAUUUAUCCUUUUAAUUCGACCACAUUUCCAUUGGACAAGCCAACCCAUUAGUCCUUUUGGUUACUAUGGGCACCAAAGGAAAACGAGAUACAAGUUAUAUCAGUACAUAUUGCUUAUUCUUUCGAUAAUCGUUCUAAUCGUGAUGUUUACAAUCGGAUUUGUAUUCCUUUUCCGCGAAGUGGAUGGAAAUGAUUAUUGUUCUUGGUGUCAUUAUUUAAGUUGUGUGCCUACGUCUCUAUGGAGCUGCAGUCCGCAAUGCAAUUCAACACGAUCGGGCAAUCAACUAAACCUCAAAUGCUUGAGCAAUGGAAAAUCGAAGUCGUAUAUGCUACCCGAUGGUAACGACAUGAUGUUGAUUCAGGAACUUUGUGCAAACCUUUGCAUCUAAAAUACUUACAGACAGAAACGUUGGAAAGAAAAAGAGGGAUCACACUUCCGAUUGAGCUUUUUAUAGAGCUUUUUCUAUAAAGCUUUUUGGCCAUCUAGACAAGCCAAAAAACCAUCGACAAAAAAAACCUUCUCUACUGCAAUUACAAGCUUUCUAUAAGCUUGUUUGUUUUGCUUGUGAAAUCCACUUUUUUUAGCAAGUCCGCCAUCGUGGAUUCUCUAACAGAGUACUAGC